AUGCCGAGCUCCAAAUCGGGAUCUACUGGGCACGAUCCACCCAAUUCUGGACCAGAUGAUGGUGAAGCUGGACCGUUGAUUUCAAACAAUGCUGCCAUGGCAUCUGAGCUUGCAAAACACAACGCAGAAGCAAAGCGCUUGCAAGCCAAGAUUGAGUUACACUCGUUGGCAAUUCAGGAGGCCCAUUGCAAGAUGCUAAUUUCCAGCCAGUCGCUCAGCAAGGCUUAUCAGAACCUUGAAAAGAAUAAGAAGAAGCAGAAAGCUGCCAAAUCUCGCUCUAGUCACCAGAGAAGGCCCCACCAGCCAAUUAGUGGAGACGUAUGUAACCUUGUGGAACACUCAAUCUUUGAUCAAAACAAGAAACAAACUGAGGUUGCCAAAGACUUUCAAAUUUCCAACCGGCAAGUUCGUCGAAUAGUCAGCAAUGCACGAGAGGGGAAACCCAACGCUUCACUGAAUCGCCGUGGGCCUAAGUCCAAGAUCACCAGUGAUAUCUUGGUUUCCAUUCUUCUUCACCUGGAAGAAGACCCAAAAUCAACUCUUUCCGACCUCGCGAAAUUAGUGAAGGAUGAAUUCGAUGUACAAAUAUCCACUCCUGCGAUUCACAAAACACUUAAGUCAGUCGAUGUAACCUGGAAGACGGUUACACCAGUCCCUCGGAAGUGGAAUGAGGCAGCCUUCCUCCAACAACGGCACAACUUUGUUCUCAGACGUGCAACUGACAUUGGAUGCAAGAUUGUAUAUGUUGAUGAAUCUGGUUUCAACUUGGAAACUCAAGCAUCUCGUGGCUAUGCACUCUCAGGUAGGUUUUUCCACCUCUGA